AUGGACGGCCAUCCGAACAGGUUCUCCACUGCUCUUCCUCUCUCACCCUCCCGCGUCCCACCAGCCAUCUCCCCCGCGCUGCUCUCCCACUGGCUCAGCCUCGGAGCCACGGUGGUGUGGCUCGGCGUGGAUGACCACCCCAAGGCAGUGCUUGCCGCAGCUGACUCGCUUCGGACCGAAGCUGUGGAAGCGGUUGGGCAGCUGGUGAGGAGUCUGGGGCUGCACGUGGCCAUGCUGCCGGGCGACAAUGCGGGUGCUGCCACUGCAAUGCAGCAGCAGUGGAGUAAACCCAUAGCAGCACUCAAGGCAUCCCACGGCGUCACCUGCAUGGUGGGGAAUGGCAUCAACGACGCACCCGCCAUUGCAGCCGCUGAUGUCAGCAUCGCCAUGGGCACCAUUGCGUCCGCAGCAACCAUGGAGGCCGCUGACGUGGCACUGAUGUCAGACGACCUGCGCCAGCUGGCGCGGACAUUUAUGCUAGGGCAGGCAGUGCGGUGGGUGGUGGCGGAGAAGAGAAUGUUGCGCUGUUGGUGGUGGUGA